UUUGGCGUCCCUUUAAUUUUUUGCUUUCCUCUCUGAAGCAUUGAAACUUGUUUGAUUGUUUCGUUCGUCGUCUUCGUCUAACACCUCAACUCUGCAAUCGAAGUCAAAAUAUCACUUGAAGAUGGCUAAUCAUAACAGUAGGCACACAAUCAUCUUGUUGCAAAAUUCUCACAGCAGAGCUACCAGGACUUUCAUGGACUACGAUUCUAUAGGCCAAGCUAUGGAUGGCAUUUGCGGCUUAUACGAAAGGAAGUUGAAGGAAAUUAACCCUUCUCUCAGAAAUAUUAGCUAUGACAUUGCUGACCUCUACAAUUUUAUUGAUGGUCUUGCUGACUUGAGCGCUUUGGUCUAUGAACACUCGAUGAGUGCAUAUCUGCCAUAUGACAGGCAAUGGAUAAAGCAAAAGGCGUUUCACCAUCUCAAAAAGCUUGCCAAUGGAGGUAGAUGAAGAAGGAACACCAUUUGAAAUCGUCUACUUGAAGAACAUAUAAAGCCUUAUUAUUAAGAGAGACCCAUUCAAAAGUAUCAUCACUCAUUACUAUAUAUUUGGCAAUGUAACAAUAAUUAGAUGCAUAUAUAUCUGAGUAAUGGUGUUGUGACGUCCUUGGAUGUGUAAACAUUUAAGUAUCUUUGAUAUCCAAACAUUUAGCUCAAUUAUAAUAUAGUAUCCGAACCUGCACCUCCA